AUGCUGUUUCUUUGUUCUCAGGCGCAAUUGGUGACGCAUAUUUUGGGAGCACUAGCUGUGUCUGACAAGCUUUCAUUACCCCAGUUAUGGGCCAUAGCUGCCUCGCAAACAGAAAAUAAAGAACUAGAUGACUUUCAAAAACAAAUAGCGUGGAAAGGGCUUUUCGCUGGCCUGGGUCCUAAACUCUUAAAAAUUGAGUGUGAAGAUCCAGACGAUGAUUGGUCUACCGACUAUUCUUACGAUCGUCUCCUUGAGAGAUCCGAACUGAAGAUCUUCAUCCUUCCAACGGAAGAGUGCCAAUUCCGCUACUUGACUGGUACAGAAAAUUACCAGACCAUGAAGUCUAACUUGGGGGACUUACCUUUCCAAUUGCUUGUCGUCAUUGCACGUCACGGCUCAGACGGAAUUUUGAAUCCAGACUUGGCUAGGGAAUCCGGUCAAGACGCACGGUCCUUGAGAAUUCGUCUUCAAAAACUCGAACAGGCGGGUCUUGUUCUAUGCCGUAAUGUGUACGUUAAUAAGAAACACACAACACAUUCCGUGCAUGUCAAAUUUGCCGAGGAUAGCAUUAUUGCAUGCGACCUGCGAGAGGCAGAAGAAGAUUUGGAUGCCUCGCGGGACGUGAGCAAGCUCAAAAGACACAUCAUGGAGGCAAUAAAAGCUGCACCAAAUCAACUUCGAGGCUUUUCGGAUUUAAGAAAGGAAUUGAAACUUGAUGGUUCUCAUUCUGCGUCCAAGUUUUUUCGGAGUGUCUGCUUAAAGCUUCAUCGUGCGGGAUACAUCGAAAAGCUUCAUGUGGAGUUACCAGAGACCAAGCAAAGGUUGUACGCAAUUAAAUUUGUUAAGGACCUUCCAAAAGAUAUGGAAGAUGUGUCUGACUUUCCUGACACAGGCAAUCCGGUGAACGACGCAUUCGGUGAUUCCGAAGACGAGUCUAUAUCUCAGGAUGCACCGAAGUCACAGAAUCCUCCAAUAUAUAAUCAAGUGUUCCCUAUAUUUCAUCAAAUUUUUCAGCAGAUUCACUCGAGAAAGGAGACGGGAAUAACAUCAGGUGAAAUAGCCAAAAAUUUAUUGGGUGUAUCUGAUUACAGACCAUACACGCGACUUUAUGAGGUUCUUCCUACUUACUUGAGUAAUUCGAAGAAGUUGAAGUCUUGCAAGAAGUACACUGAUCCGUACGAUGGUUAUACUAUUGCGAAACUCUAUGAUAAUGAGGGAAAACUCAAAUUCUAUCGCUACUUCGCUAAAGAAUUUUGUACAGAAGAGAAACCACCUGUAAAGCCAUAUAAGCCUAUAGCAGCAGGUCCACAGAAUUCUAUUGUUGCUCUCAAUAAGAGGUUGCAUACAACGCUUGGAAAAACGUCUAAAGAAGCUUUAAUGGAGAAGAAGAAACGGCUUGUUCAAGUUAGCAACCUCCCUUCGAAACGACCUCUCGUGGAUAAUCAAGACAAGCAAUCCUUAAAAGAACCUUCACCGGAGCUUCCUACUAAAAGGCGAACCCGCAAUGUGAAGUCAUAUGCAUCUGAAUCUUUUCUAGAUAUCGACAUGAGCGUUUCUGGAGACGAAUACGUACCUAAUGAAGAGCAGCCAGAGGAACCAACUUCAGCUCUAACAUCCAACGACUUACCUUCGUUUGUUCCGGCUCCCAAGGAAUCAAAGCGAAAAAGAGCGCAGCCUCAGACUUAUAAAACCGAAAGCUCUGUCAAGUCGAUGACGAGGAGGAACUUGCUCAUAGAGAUUAUUCGUGAAGAGGGCGGUGCGUGUUUUAGUAGCUCCGUCUUGUGCCGCAAAUUGGAUACGAGAAUGGCAAAUUCUACUGUGACGGAUCUUAAAACAUUAGCCCGGGAUGCUCGACAUUUAGCAUCUGAGGGCAUAUUGGAAAUACAGAAGGCCAAAAUUGAAGUUGGAGGCCAAGCGACUGAGAAGAAUUUGAUGGUGUUGAUGAACCCAAAAGAUCGCCCAUCGGAAAAAACGCUAGAAGAACUUAAGGGAAAUUACGGUCAUUUAACUAGCAGAAAAGAUAUGAAAGUAUUCACAAGUCGUGUCAUACAAUCUGAUAUGAAGCUUUAUGUCGAGGAGCCUAGUGCUAAGAAAGUAUCAGUUGGUACUAAGAAAAGAAGAGGUAAGAACAGGUUACGUGCAUUGGGUGAUGAAGAUGAAAAUGCUACAAUCAAGCAAGAAGCAACAGAAGCACCGCUUGUGUCAGAGUCAGCUACAGCAGACGAUAUCUUUUCCGGUUUGAAGAAGUCUCGGAGGGCAAAGAAGUUUUCUACGUCGCAAGCGCCAGAAACUUCGUCCUCGACAUUGAAGAGACCACGCCGUAAUAUUAAGCUAGAAAAGUCUGAUGCUACUACUCUCUACCGUUCCGUGGUGAUUUCUAAAGCUUUCUCAAGAGAUGCAAUUGAUUUCAACCACAUCGCAACGUUGCUUGGAGACCUUGAUGGUAAAUUAGUAAAGCAAAAGUGGGGAACCUUACGAAGACUGUAUGGAGGAGCUGAAGCAGUUGGCAAAGGUGUCGAUACAUUCAAGAACAUGGUCAUGCAAGGAAUAGAUGAUGGGUCCAUUACUGAAGAGGAUCUUGUUACUGGCGACUUGAAGUUUUUUUUGGAGUACUGGAAAGCAUUCGACACAAAUACGGAGUUUGCGUCAACAGACGAAAUGCCAUUGUAUUCCAAUUACCAUCAAAAUUGCAAGGAGUACGAGUUUUCGGCAAGCACUUCGGAUAAUUCAAAUCUUAGCUAUGCUGAGAAGAUUGAAGACUGUUCUAUGAGACAGAAGGAGAGUGUCCUAGCCACUGCUAUCUUCAGCUACGAACCGAAUAUUCAACCUGUUGCUAAAAAGAAUGAUGAACUAAGAUCUAUACUCAAAGCGAUAUUCUCUACAAAGGAAGAGCAUUUUGACCCAAUUAUGGUCAAAAGUAUUUUGAAUCCAUACGGCGAAGUCACUGUACGAGAAGCAACUGAUGCUUUGUUACAUGACCGAGAAAUUUUGUACGUGUCUUUAGAUCUGGACACCAGAUUUGUAUUGAGCGAUCGCUUCAAUAACAGCUUUUCUCAGCGAAGCUUUACUACCAAAUUUUUUAACCAAGCAUCGGGUUUCUAUUCAACAUUACAUUCUGUGUCUAAAGGUGGGAAAGGCCUCAUUCUUUCUCAAGGGAUAAUGCCAGGAGAAAUGGCGACUCUCCUCGAAUUGGUUUCCGAUAAUCAGGUGGACUUCAUAAGGAUAGAUCGUGCAUUCCGUUUUGAAAAUUAUGAAUCCAGAUUGAUUGAUAAGGAGCAAAUUGCGUGCGAUAUUGUGGUUAAGUGCAAGUCCUUCUUGACUAAAAAGGAUGACAUAAAGGUUGUUCCUGUUCCUAGUGUAAGACCAUGCCAGCCAAUAUGGAUUGACUUAACUGGACAAGUCAACAAACAGCUAUGGGUAAAGAUCAUUACUAGUUUGCUUUACCAUAUUGUUUUCAAGCCUGGAAUUGGUGACCUAGCCCUAUAUGAGAAGUUACAAGCUGCUUUGAGCUUGUCUGAUUACAACAAGGCCAUUGAGUGGUUGGUUGAUAGCAAGUGUAUUGUAAAAAACCAACUUAACGGUUAUAUAGCCAGCAAUGUUUGGCAGUUUAUUCUUGGUUAA